CCUGCGGGUUCCCGUACAGCUUCAACGUCACUUCCGCGGUCAGCCAAGCGCUAUGGCCGCUACCGCGGAGCCGAGGAAGCGGCCGGGAGUUGGGGUCGGCGUGGUGGUGCUGAGCUGCGAGCAUCCUCGCUGCGUCCUUCUGGGGAAAAGGAAAGGGUCGUUUGGAGCCGGCAGUUUCCAGCUUCCUGGGGGCCAUUUGGAAUUCGGUGAGACCUGGGAAGAAUGCGCUCAGAGGGAGACCUGGGAAGAGGCUGGACUUCGCCUGAAAAAUGUGCGCUUUGCCUCAGUGGUAAAUUCUUUUGUUGAGAAGGAGAAUUACCAUUAUGUUACCAUACUAAUGAAAGGAGAGGUGGAUAUGACUCAUGAUUCAGAGCCGAGGAACAUGGAGCCUGAAAAGAAUGAAAGUUGGGAGUGGGUUCCAUGGGAAGAGUUUCCUCCCUUAGACCAGCUUUUCUGGGCUCUCCGCUGUCUAAAAGAGCAAGGUUAUGACCCAUUUAAAGAGGACCUGAACCACCUGGAAGGCUACCGAGGAGAGCACCUUGAAAGGACCAGGAAGACUCCUUGAUUAAAAACAAAAUCUUCAGGAAAUGAAAUAUUCUGUUUCAGGACAACUCGAUUUUAUCCAUAGAGCUGCGUGGUCACCAGUUUACCUGCAGUCCCCUAAUGUAAUUCAAGAGGCUUAAGAAACUCUUCCUGGGAUGUGCCGCUGAAUUGUCCUGGUGGCAUAGAAUAAGAUGUAUAAGGAGCUCUUGGUUCAUUAUCUGCACUACUGCGUAGUUACUGCUGUCCGCUGCAUGGAGGCAAACGUAACAGAUUGCCUUAUGCUCGUUCAAACAGAGGUCAGAACUCAAAUAUGGCCAUUCAAGUUCAAAAGCAGUGCGCCUACUGCCAAAUUCAUCAAGCUUGAUGUCUUCCUUUUCCCUUUCAGCCACUUGAAAAGAACUUUUAAAUGACAAUUCGUGUAACUAGAGAGCUUAUGAAAAGCAGUGAGCUAUAUUCCCCUGGUGUCUGAGAGAACCCAUGGUAAGUGUGAGAGUAAGCUGUGGCUCCUGCUACUAACGGCCAGGCCCUCUGCAUUUCUCUUUCACGGCCUGAGACUGGGGUCCUUGUGUGUUGGGAUCACACAGGGUAGUGCAUCAAAUCACCUACUGUGGGGGAUUUCCCAGAGGUCAGGAACUUUCCAGAACAUCACAGCCAAAGGUUGGUUGGCUGCUUUCUCCCCCUAGCAAAUUGUAAACUUUUACUGUAAGAGAUUGAACAGUGAAA